UCCUCAUUUUCUCUCUCUUUAUUAAAAACUCUUGAACUCUGGACAACUCCUUACACAACUUUCUAGCCUUGUAAUUAAACGUAAUGACUGGCAGAGAAAUUCUCCACAUGAUGAAGGUGAAAGCAGGAUUUGGAACAUCAACAUCGGACACAGGGAAAGGAAAAGGGAAAAUAUCAAAACGCAUUACACAUGGCUUUCACUUGAUGAAGGGAAAAUCAGGGCAUCCAAUGGAAGAUUAUUUAGUUUCGGAAUUUAAGCAAGAAAAGGAUAGAGAAUUAGGCUUGUUUGCUAUAUUUGAUGGCCACUUGGGCCACGAUGUUGCAAGCUAUUUGCAGAACCACCUUUUACAAAACAUCUUGAAACAGCAUGACUUUUGGAGUGAGACAGAGAGCGCAGUGAAGAGAGCUUAUCUUGAAACAGAUGAAAAUAUAUUGGAACAAGCACUUGAGUUAGGGAGAGGAGGGUCAACAGCUGUAACUGCAAUACUGAUUGAUGGCCAUAAGCUUGUAGUAGCAAAUGUUGGAGACUCAAGAGCUGUUAUUUGUGAGAAUGGAAAAGCCAGACAACUAUCCAUAGAUCAUGAGCCAAGCAAGGAAAAAAAAUCUAUUGAGAGGCGUGGUGGUUUUGUAUCAAAAAUUCCAGGAGAUGUCCCUCGAGUAGAUGGACAAUUGGCAGUAGCAAGAGCUUUUGGUGAUAGGAGCCUGAAGAUGCAUCUUAGUUCAGAACCUGAUGUGUUUGUAGAGGAAGUAGAUCAACAUACAGAGUUUCUUAUUCUGGCUAGUGAUGGAAUAUGGAAGGUUAUGUCAAACCAAGAAGCAGUGGAUUCUACUAGACAAAUAAAGGAUGCUCAAGCUGCAGCAAAACACUUGAUAGAAGAGGCCGUUUCCAAGAAAAGUAAAGAUGACAUAUCUUGCAUAGUUGUGAGGUUCCAAUGACAUGCUUAUGGAUAAACAUAGCAACAUUUUCCCAAGUGAAGAAGGCCCUAGCCAAUAGAUAUUUCAAAUGAUGUGUAUCUUAGAUGAACUUCAUGGUCUUUUUUCUAAGUUAAGUGCUUGUAGAAAUUCACAAGCACUCAUUGCAUGUAUAAAUGAUCAAAUCAUAACUUUUACUGUUUUUGGUGAGAAUUAUUAAAUUGCUUGUGUGUACAUGAAUAAUAGUAGUCAACACAAUAUUUCAAGUGGUUCUAUAACAUUUGCUUGAAAUUUCUUGUCCA